ACAUUGUGCGGUUAUGACAGUGCACAGCAGUGACAGAAUCAUUUAGCUAAACACAACACACAAGUUUGUUAUUGUAAAAAGGUCCUAUCUCCUAAAUUCAGUGAAAAGAUUAAUUAUCAUGGCUUCUACAAAAAAGCAUAAAAAAGAAUCCAGAAAGAGGGAUCGAUCUCCGGAUCCACGAGACCGAGACACUGCCGAAGCAAUCAGAGGUAGUAGCCGAUCGGAACGAGAACGGGAGAAAGACCGAAAAGAUCGUCAUAAGAAGCAUAAAUCUGACAAAACAAGGAGACAUGAGCCCAGGCAUGGCAGCAGUCGAUCGGCACGGGGAUCGAAUCGAGAUGACUAUCACAGCGACAGUUCUGAUGUUGUGGAAGUCAUUGAUCCACCUCCAGCUCCGAUCAUUUCAUCGAAACCACCGCCAGCACCAUCAAUUUCCAGCAGACCGCCACCAGCUCCAAUUAUUUCAAGGCCAGCGAGAUCGCCGUCACCGAUUCCCGAAGGCGGUGCAGGUGAUGUGUUGUCAAUAUCUGAAACCAACAAGCUGCGUGCAAAGUUAGGCCUUAAGCCGUUGGAAGUAGAUUCUCAGCCAUCGAAUCAAGAGCCCAGGAAAAGUGCCGAUGGACUUAAGAUGCAUAAAGAUGAGUGGGGCGAGUUUCUUCACAAGCCAGCUGACAAUAUUGCUGAAAAAUUGCAGGCUGAAAAAUUGAGAGAGAAAUUUCGCCAGAAGAAAGAAAAACGUCAAAUCGACAGCAAGCUGAAAAGUGUCAAGGGAUUGGGCGAAUCCGACGAUUUUGAUGACAUAAAUGCGUGGAUCGAACACAGUCGUGAGAAAGAGAAGUCCAAAGUUGAGGCUCAGAAGCGAGCUCAAAUGUUGGAAGAAAUGGACGCUGAAUUCACCAAGCCGGAUGUGAGAAAGGCGAACCGUAACAAUUAUGGAGAGAAGAGUUUGAAGGGUUUGAAGGUCGGGCACGGCUUGGAUUCGUUCGGCGAAGGUAAAACGAUCAUUUUAACGCUGAAAGAUCACGAAGUUUUGGCGGAAGAUGAGGAUGAAUUGAUAAAUGUGAAUAUGGUGGACGAUGAAAGAUAUAAGAAGAAUACCGAGGUCAAGAAAAAGAACCCUAACAAAUAUGGGUACGAUGUGUACGAGGAACAAUUCGACCAAUUUGGUGAACAGAUCAACCGGAACGUUUUGGGUAAAUAUGAUGAGGAAAUCGAUGGUGUACAAUCAAGUUCUUUUUCCAUCGGCGAAAAUCUGGCAGAUGUUCAGGCUCAGAAACGACGAUUGUUGGAGAUCAAAACCAAAUUAGCCGGAAAGAGAUUGGAAUCGUUGGAUGAUACGUCAUUGAAAUUAGCCUCCGAUGUUUAUACUGACGACGAAAUUGCCAAAUUCAAGAAACCGAAAAAGAAAGUCAAGAAGCUGCGGCAACAUUUAAAGGCUGAAGAUCUGCUACCUCUUGGUGGAUCCAGUGAGUCGUCCAAGGAUUACGGAAAACGGCUUCGUGUUCACAACGAGUCCGUUGACAAUGACGAUGUGAACGAUACAGACUUCAAGGAUAUCAAAGUAGAAGAGGAAGACAAUGAACUGGAGAAAAUUCUAUCCAAGGCACGUCGAAUCAAACAGAAGGAAUCGUUGAUCACGAAGACAUUGUUGCCAGAGGAGACCGAUCAGUCGGUGAAAAUGGAAGCAGAAUCCGAUGAAGAGAAUGGUGACGCGGAAUUUAAAGACAAUAAUAUUUGUAUGAAUGCAACUGCCGAAUUUUGUCGAACGCUCGGCGACAUACCCACGUACGGAAUGUCUGGUAAUCGUGACGAGGAUGCCAACGAUAUGAUGGACUUCGAACAAGAAACUUUUGAGCCAGAUGAGGCCGCUGAAGAAAAGCGAGACAUCGGUGGAACAUGGAAUUCGGUCAAUCCGGAAUUGGAGGCAGUAGUGGAGGACAAAUCGAAUGAAAUGACUGAAGUGGCUAUUUUAGACGAAGAACCAGAUGUGGGCUCCGGAAUGGGUGCCGCUUUGAAACUGGCUUUGUCGAAAGGUUAUUUGGAAAGGGAAGAAACAAAUCGUCCCAGUAACACGCGGAUGGCUCAUUUGCAGGCAAAGAAUUACUCAAUUGAGGAUAAAGCGUAUGCAGACGACGAUAAGUUCCAGCGACGAGAUCGCUACCACGCCGGUCCAAUCAGCGAAUUCAGAGAGAAAGACAGCUAUCGACCGAAUGUUAAGCUGGAAUAUAUCGACGAUAAUGGCCGUUUGUUGAACGAAAAGGAAGCGUUCCGUUAUCUGUCCCACAAAUUCCAUGGCAAAGGACCCGGUAAAAAUAAAAUCGAAAAACGUUUGAAGAAAAACGAACAAGAUGGUCUGAUGAUGAAAAUGAGCAGUACCGACACUCCACUGGGCACGUUGACCAUGCUGCAGCACAAACAAAAGGAGACGCACAGUCCGUAUAUUGUGUUGAGUGGAAGUAAGCAAAAUCAAAGUACGACUAUCACGAAGCAUAAAUAGAUUAAGUUGUGUGAAUUGUGACUGAAUUGGUGUUGCGCGAGGGUCGGUGGGGUCUACGAUUUCGAAAUAAAUUUAUGAA